AUGUUGAAUGUACCGCCAAAGUUCAAUCAAAUUUGUCGCCUUUGUUUGACGCUGGUCGAACCAAAGAGCACAAAUGACAGUGAUGAGAUUAUUAAGAACCUCUCAAUAUUUAAUACGAAUGGCCAACAAGCAUCGUAUAAGAGCAGUAUUGAUAAAAAGAGCAAUGAUAAUAAUUUUCGUGACGAUGAUCAAUUAAAUAAGAAGGCAAAGAGAAGCAAUGAAAUUUCUAUAAGUUUGAGCGGUGGAAAUACCAGUGUUGUAAAUAAUGGAUUCAUUGACGAUGAUUCAGAUGAAGAUAUUACCGAAAGGAUAUUGGAGUGCUUGUCCAUUAAGCGAGAUCGUGCACAUAUCGCACUAUGUAAAUACAGUAAAAGUGCAUUUGGCAAAGAAAUGAGCCAAGAGAUUUGCUAG